CGUUGCUCGCCUUGGAGUGGAAAUUUCCCCAACGGAACCGCCCCCCCCUGCUUAUGGUCUACGACAGCAAACAUGUACAAAUUGACAGGAGUCAGCCAUGUAGCCUAACUGUUACCCUCGUUCACUUCAAGUUUUACGAGCUGAAAAAUGACCUCCGGGGUGGAGCGAUUAUUUGACGAACUUGGACACUUUAAAAGGUUUCAGGCAUGUGUCUACUUUGCUGCUAUUUUCCAGGCCAUCUCUUGUGGAAUACAUUACCUAGCCUCAGUUUUCUUAAGUGAAACACCUACAUUUCUUUGCGACGCGCCUCCAAAUAUAACAGAUGUCCUGUAUAAAAAUCACUCCGCAACAUCAUUGGAGGGCAUCUGGGCUCACUACAGGCCGGGCGAUGGACCGGUGGUUGUACGGACAGCUCUUGGAGACCAAUGGGAACUAAGUCCUUGUUUCAAAGCACUGCGGCUUGAUGCCAUCCAUUUUCAAUAUGAGUUCUUUGGGAACAGGACUGUGGCAUCAUGCGCUGGCUUUGUCUAUGAUCAUAGUGAAGUCCAGCAGAGCAUCGUGACAGAGUGGGACCUGGUGUGUGAAAGGGAAUGGCUGGCCAAACUUACACAGCCAACUUUUAUGUUGGGAGUUCUGGUUGGUGCGCUGAUAUUUGGAGACAUUGCUGAUAGAAUUGGCAGACGGCCUAUUCUGAUAGCCACCAGCUUGUGCCAGUUUACAUUUGGCAUCAUGGUUGCAUUCACAGGAAAAUUCUACCUUUUUGUAGCGAUGCGUUUUCUACUUGCCAUGGUGUCCAGCGGGUAUCUGGUGGUAGUCUUUGUUUAUGUGACAGAGUUCACAGGAAUUAAGGUGCGCACAUGGACCUCUAUGCAUGUGCACGCAGCCUUUGCUGUGGGUGUUAUGGUAGUAGCUCUAGUGGGUUACCUUGUGCGUGUCUGGUGGAUCUACCAGAUCAUCCUCACGCUCAGUACAUCGCCGUUCUUGCUCUACUGCUGGAAGUUUCCCGAAACCCCAUUCUACCUAAUGGCUAAAGGCCGGUACAAGGAAACCCAGGAGCUACUGGACAAGAUUGCCACUUUUAAUGGCUUGCCACCUACACUUAAGGUUUCAGAGCUUAUAGAGGAAUGUGAUGGAGCACUGCUGACAGAUAAUAAGCAAGAGGAUGGGACAGUAGUGGAAGUAGAUAAAAAGCUAAGCAUCCUGGACAUGUUUGGAAGCUUGAAAAUGGCCGGUCGCAGCUUCACUUGCUGGGCUAUUUGGUUCAUUGGAAGCUUGGGAUACUAUGUCUUUAGCCUUGGCUCUGUCAACUUGGGAGGCAACCAGUAUAUCAACCUCUUCCUGGCUGGUGCUGUUGAGGUUCCGUCUUACUUGAUUGGCUGCUAUGCAAUGGAUCGAGUGGGCAGGAAGAAGACAUGUGCCCCAGCUCUGGUGCUCAGCGGAGCUGCCUGCAUGCUCAGCAUCAUGGUGCCCCAGGAUAGUGAGGUCUUGGCUAUAGUAUUGAGUAUGACAGGGAAAUUUGCCAUUGCUAUUGCGUUUGGACUGGUUUACUUGUACACCUGUGAGCUUUAUCCCACGAUCAUCAGGUCUCUGGCAGUAGGAAGUGGUAGCAUGAUGUGCCGAGUAGGAAGCGUUCUGGCUCCUUUCUGCGUUUAUUUGGCUGACGUCUGGAUCUACCUGCCCCAGCUCAUUGUUGGAAUACUGGCUUUCAUCAUCGGGAUCCUGACCAUGUUCCUUCCAGAGACCCUAGGACAGCCCCUGACCUCCACUUUGGAAGGGGCCGAGGCUCUGGGAUCCAAACCCAGCAAGGAGAAAGCAGCAGUGAAUGGGGUAGAAAUCAGCAAAGCUUGAAUCAGAGCUUUAUAGAAGCCUGGACUAGAGAGGUCAUAUUCUCUUUGCCUAUGCUUUGAUUUCAGAGAAUCCUUCUGGUUCUAGGAAUAAAACCUGAGACAAUUUUUCAAAGAGUGCUACUCAAAAAAAUAAAUGUGGAACAUGCCUCUGUUGACUGAUGCUUUUAAUAUACUCCACUGCAGGAUGAAGAAAAAGAAGAACAUUUUGACACUUGUGUUGUUGUUGUUUUUUGUAAGUGCCAGGUAAUGUGUGUGUUUUUUUAAACAAAAACCUUUAGUUUAGGAGCUGGUGUUACCAUUAUUGUUUUAGAAAUUAUUAAUAGCAAUGGGAACAUCUUUAAAUGAUGACUACAUAUAUUUAAUUGAUAACUACUAUAUACAACAUCUUUACUCUAAUUAAUUGGCUGUAUUUGCUGGGCCACAUGUGAUGACCUUUGCAUAAUUCAUUGAAAGCAAAUCUUAUCUGCCUGCAGCUGUUUUUUAUACAAUUGCAUCUCAGGGUUGUUUACAGUAAAAUGGGACUGUGCUACAUAAACCUUAAGAACAAAAGUAGUGUGUAUUCUGGGUACCUUUGUGCUAUUACUGUAUGUUAUUUAAAGUUAUUAUUUUAAUCCCAAUUGUCUUCACUUUCUUUUGUCCAUGUACAAUAUCAAUGAAAUUUGUGAAUUUAUUGUCCAAGGAAUUUAUUUAUACGGUUGCUGCGUGUGAGUUGCAAGGUUUGGUUGUAUGUUAUGUGAUUGUAUUUUAUGUACAUAAUGUGAGAGACUUUACAAUCAGUACGUUUACAAACACUUUUUCCUAUAUUUUGGACUAAAGAGAGGAUUUUAGUAUUUUAGCCGGGGUGGAGGGAUGGGGAGUAGCUCAUCUCCUAAUCUCUGUAUAAGAUCUUGUGGUUCAAAGUAAAGUUUUCUUUGUCUUAAUUGUAAGAAGACAUUGUGAGUUCAAAUUUAGCUGACAUAUUUUAAUAAAUUAAAAUAAACUAAUAAAGUAAUAAAUUAAAUAGCUUUUGGUUGUCAGUAGAUAUCAAUAAUAAUAUUUGCUUGCGCUUUAUUUUGUAAUUUCACUUGAAAGGAAAGCAGGUGAAUGAGUGAUAAAAAAGUGGACCGAUCACUCUCAAACAAGCGUUGAGCCAUCAUACUAGAGGGAGGAAUAAAACAUAAUGUAAAAACUUUAAUGUUGUUAUUGACCAGAUAAAAUCAUUAGCUGUUGUCUUACACCAAAAGGCUGAUCUAAAUAAUGUUAUAAUAAAAUACUGCCAUAUUGAUGUACUUCGUACUUCAUAGAUAUACUGUGCCGUGUUAAAAAAUAAGACAUAUUUGAAAAUGUGUUUUGAAUGUUUUCUUGUAAAUCAUCUCAGUAUUGUGCUUUUUGUUAUUAAAUGCAACUGUCUACCUUUUAA